CUUGCCGUGCGCGCGGGGGUGCCGACGUGGCGCCACCUGUCUGGCUCGCUGACGGCGGCCUAGAGCUCCCCCGCCCCGUCUCUCCCGGCACGAACCACGCGCAACGAGACGAGCCGCAUCCGCUGCGCCCGAGCGCCGCCGCACGCCUCACCGCCCCAGAAGUUAGCUUGUUCCUUGAUCAAUAUGUCGCGGGAGGAGAAUGUUUACAUGGCCAAGCUGGCUGAGCAGGCAGAACGGUAUGAAGAAAUGGUUGAGUACAUGGAGAAGGUGGCUAAGACGGUAGAUUCGGAAGAGCUCACUGUCGAGGAGCGUAACCUCCUGUCCGUUGCCUACAAGAAUGUGAUUGGGGCCCGCCGUGCCUCAUGGCGUAUUGUCUCCUCCAUUGAGCAGAAGGAGGAAUCUCGUAAGAAUGAGGAACAUGUUACUCUGAUCAAGGAAUACCGUGGCAAGAUUGAGGCUGAGCUGAGCAAUAUUUGUGAUGGUAUCCUGAAGCUGCUUGAUUCACACCUCGUGCCUUCUUCUACUGCUGCUGAGUCAAAGGUGUUUUACCUCAAGAUGAAGGGUGAUUAUCACAGGUACCUUGCUGAAUUUAAGACCAGUGCUGAGAGGAAGGAAUCUGCAGAGAGCACAAUGGUGGCUUAUAAGGCAGCUCAGGAUAUUGCUCUGGUCGAACUGGCACCUACCCAUCCCAUAAGGCUUGGACUUGCACUUAACUUCUCGGUGUUCUAUUAUGAGAUUCUGAACUCUCCAGACAAAGCUUGCAACCUUGCAAAGCAGGCGUUUGAUGAAGCUAUCUCCGAGCUGGACACCCUUGGAGAGGAUUCCUACAAGGACAGCACUCUGAUCAUGCAGCUCCUGAGGGACAACUUGACCCUCUGGACUUCCGACCUCACGGAGGAUGGCGCAGAGGAGGGCAAAGAAGCCUCGAAAGGUGACGCCGGCGAGGGCCAGUAACCCUUGAACGGUGGGCCAGCAUAUUUUUAAGCCUAUUGUGUUGUAUGCCCCUGUGCUAUCGAAGCCUUGCGCUGUUCCAUGGAUUCUCCCAUUCUAGCUUCCACCCUUCAUUCAUUUUCCUGUAGUAGUCUGGUAGUGGUCGAAUUAGUUCCAUUGCUUUGCAUCGCUGCUAGAUGGCACUAGGUCCAUCUGGACUGGUAUUGUUCUGCUAUUGAAGUCUUUCUCGUUUUGCUGAUGUAAUCAGUUAUGGUGUCA